AUGUCCUCCCCGGAUCGACAAGGACUUGAGCAAACCUUUGCGUCUCCUUCCCCAAAUGCAUCUCACUCUCAGUUCCCGUUCCCUCGGCGGGAGUCUGCACAAACUUUGGUCUCCUCGGACAGCAAGCAAUUGCGCAAGGGAUCAAAUACUAGCUCAAUCACCAGCAUCGGAGGAGUGUUGGACCUCAGCCGCAGCGGUCAACAUUCGGUAGCGGAGUCAGGCCAAAAUGCAAUAUCUACACUUUUACAGCCUCCUGUCGUACGAACAGGUCUGUUACCACAUUCAAGUGUUUCGACGAGCGGCUUCAAAGCCCCAACUCCUCGCGAUAUCCCUCCGGUGACCCUGACGAACAUUCCUCACGUCGAAUCGAAGGCAUUUCAGCCUUACCUUACACAAGUUGGAUCCCUCUACGACGCUUUCAGGAAGGCAAAGGAGGAAGUUGAAAGCGACUCACAACUGUUUCAUAGAGACUCCAAAGAGAGCAAGGACGAGAACUUAGAAAAACUCCUUGCGUCGUCUCCCGUCCGGCCGGCUCAUUCGCGUGCAGGCUCUGCCUACUCUGCUGCUUCACCAUUGGAACAGCCGCAGCCAAGAAGAAAGUCGACCGGCCAGAGACGUUCGCAUGCUGUAGCGCCAUUGUCUUCAAUUCCUCCCGUCUACUUCGACGAGGAUUUUCAUAUCGAGAAUCCGCGAACAUUUGAUGUCGUGUCAGAACGAUCAGAGCUUGUGAGAGAUCCCAAUCGUAGCUCAGACACCACGGGAAGCGGUAGGAAGGCCCUUGCCACGAACGCUAUCCUUCAAGAAAAGCUGUCAUGGUACAUGGACACGGUAGAGAUCCAUCUCAUAUCUUCAAUCUCGACUGCUUCCAAAUCAUUCUUCUCUGCCCUUGGUUCACUGCGAGAGCUGCAUGCCGAAGCAGCUGAUUCGGUAGACAAAAUCCGGACUUUGCGCAAAGAUCUCGCAAGACUGGACAAAGACAUGGCUAUGGGUGGCUUGAAAGUGGUCAAUCUGAAGCAGAGGAGGCAGAACGUCCAUCAGCUUGGCCAGGCAGUGUCUCAGCUCAGGGGCAUCGUCGAGUCUGUCAUCGAGUGUGAGGACAUGGUUGAAAAUGGCCAUGUGGAUAAGGCAUUGGAUCAGCUUGACCAUGUCGAGAGACUGAUGGCAGGCAGGCCAACGGCGCGCACCGAAAAUCUUAGGAAUCCUUCUUCUCUAUACGAUCUUCGGCGCCUUCGAGCCUUAGAUGGAGCUAUGGAUGACCUCGCACAGCUUCGACUGCGAAUAGGCAAGGCUUAUGAAGUUCGCUUCCUUACCAGUUUGCUGGACGAUGUGCGACACCACGUUACUAGCGUACCAGCAGAUGUCACUUUGCGACGCUGGGCUGCUGCCUUCAGUCGCUCAAGGUCAAGGGAUAGGCAGCCGUCCACCUUUCCUACAUAUAUGAACGUCGACGAUGGUUUAAGAUCCGAAUUACAGACUGAGCUUCGAGGAUUAGCGAGAGCACAACACACAAUGCCGGCAGCCGCGGCUUUCAGAGCCUCGAUAUUGCGGGAGAUGAAGAGCGUCAUUCGCCAAAAUCUGCCCAGCUCCAAUGAUGAUGAUAGCGAGUCGGUGACGUCCGCUUCUACGCAUGGAGGCCGCCAACUCAGCUCACAAGAAAAGUCCUCGGUAUUGGCCCGAAACCUAAGGGAGCUCGAUGCCGAAGAUGCUCAGGUGAUGCUGACGAAGAUAUACACUGGUGUCAGUGAAUCGCUUCGGAGGCUGAGUGUGCAGGUGAAGAUCCUGUUAGACAUCACUAGUGGACUUUCAAAGCCACCUGAACCGGGUUCAAGAUCAUUAGCGAGUAGCCCAAACCCUCAAUCUCGAGGUGAUGCAUUCUCUCCGCAAUCAGCAAACAAACAGGUGCCACUUAUUACGCUUCAGGAAGAUAUCCAACAAGUCUUGGACAUGUCGAGCCUUCUAGGAGAGGCAGUCGACAUAGUUCAGGGACAAAUCACCAAGGUGAUCAAAGUUCGCUCUGAGCAGACCUCUCACCUCCCGUUGGCAGCGUUCCUUAGAUUCUUCACCCUGAAUCGACUCUUUGCUGAUGAGUGUGAAGCUAUUUCCGGUAGGAGUGGAACGUCUCUCAAAAGCACUGUCGACAACCAGAUCAAGGAAUUUGUCUCACAGUUCGGAAAUCUACAGAAGCGGAUUCUCAUCGAAGUAAUGGAUGCCGAUAAGUGGGAUGCUAAAGACUUUGGAGAACAUCAGUCUACAUUACUGACGAGAGUGCUCGAAGGUGGCACUCGAGAUGCACCCGCAUGGUACCAGACUUCGAUGAUCUGGCUCAGUGAAGACGAAGGGGUCGCACAUGGUGCCAACGGAGUAGUUCCUAACGGUCAGAUACACUCAAAUCCAAGGGACAAAAUUCGUAGCGCAGUCAUUGAUGAGCAGAAGUUUCUCCUUCCAGAGUCUGCUGCAGCGAUUCUUCGCGCUGUCGAAAGCCUCGAACACUUGAUGACCGGCAUCCCAAGUAUGGGGCAAGAAAUUGCGAGCAAUCUUCUCGAUUGCCUCAAGCUCUUCAAUUCAAGAUUGUCGCAGCUCAUCCUUGGUGCUGGUGCUACUCGAAGCGCUGGGCUUAAGAAUAUCACUACGAAGCAUCUCGCUCUGGCUUCGCAAGCACUCAGCUUCAUUAUCGCGCAGAUACCAUAUAUCAGAGAAUUUUUCAGACGAUACAUGUCGUCCACCGCGUCGAAUCUGAUUGCAGAUUUUGACAAAGUGAAACGGUUGUAUCAAGAUCAUCAAAACGCUAUCCACGAGAAGUUGAUAGAGAUUAUGAGCUCCAGAGCGUCAUUGCAUGCGAAUGCAAUGAAGAAGAUCGACUGGGAAGAAGCUUCUCGUUCAGACUCAGCAGCUAUCAGUCCGUACGUGGAGACGCUCACGAAGGAGACUGCCACCCUGCAGAAAGUGCUUUCAAAGCAUCUCCCCGAGUCCGCUGUCUCAUCGAUUAUGAAGCCAGUAUAUGCGAAUUAUAGGGACCAGUGGUCGUUAGCAUAUAGAGAUGUUCCAUUGAAGUCGACGGUCGCUAAAGAAAGAAUGCUGGCCGAUGCACAAUACUUCAAUAAUCGUAUCAGCAAGCUCGAAGGCGCUGGCGACUUGGGCUCGCAUAUUGUUGAGAUAGUGAGAAGCAAGACGGUUACUGCAGAUUCGAAACAACCUGAACCAGUCUCAUCAGAGAAGGAAGACAUACCCGCAAAGGAGACUACUGACAGAACUACUCAUGUCGACGGCGAACAAGAAAAACCUUGA